AUGUCUGCCUACAUGAAAGAAGCUGGAGGUUAUUUGGUCGAUAAGAGUGCUACUUCACAGUGUGAAUAUUGCACCAUAAGUACGACCAAUGAUUAUUUGGCCGGUGUUAAGUCUCUCUUCAGUGAAAGAUGGAGAAAUUGGGGAAUUGUUAUCUGCUUUAUUGCUUUCAACAUAAUCUUUACCGUUUUCUUCUAUUGGUUAGCGAGGGUAUCUAAGAGCAAUAGAGAAAAGAAAAAAUAA